AUGGAGAAUCACAACGAAAGGCCUAAAUUGACUUUUGAGAAGUACAUAUGGAGGAUCAACAACUUCUCUAAAUUGAAAUACGAACUACAUAAUUCCGACAGUUUUAUACUCGAUGGAUUUCCAUGGUACAUGGUUAGCUGCCCAGUUGGAGGUAUCUUGGGAAUUUAUUUACAUGUCGAUAAGAAUUCUGCAAAUUUACCAAAGGACUGGAAAAGAACUGAAAAUAUCAGUUUGGCUCUAAUUAACCAGGUUAAUGACCAGAAGACUAUAAGAAAAGGAUCGGAAUAUGAGUUUAGUGCAGAUGUCCCUUUUAGCCAAUAUUUUAUGUUUUUGAAUGAUUUCAAUGAACCUAGCAGUGGGUUUAUUGUGAAUGAUACUUGUAUGAUUGAAGCUGGGAUUUUUGUGAUCAAGAAUGUAUACGAGAAUGAACUAUAUCAUACUAUACUCACGAUUGAUAGGAAUGCUGACACCAAAAAUCCUUUAUUUCAUGCAAUGUUCAUGAGAUCAUUUACAAAUAUAGAUCGAAACUAUGUUCCACUAUUAGAAGAAGUAUGUCUACAAUAUCCCUAUCUUCUUGUAAGUCAAGAAAACAGAAGUUGCAAGUUUACUGAAUGGGCAUUCACAGCUUUGGGUCGACUUCUUUAUUUUCUAGAGACUAAACAGGUGAAAGAUAUGGAUAAUGAAACAUGUAAUUAUCACAAAAAAAUAUGGGAUGAAGUUAAGAUAUUUGGGUUUGAUUUGAGUUGGAUAGAAUCUGAAUUUAAAUCUGCCUCAAAUUUGAAAAAUUGUACGGAAAAUACUGCUGAUAUAAGAAAAGUUAAGGCGAUAGUGGAUGAUUUGGAAAUUAGAACAAAGAAGCUGAAGGCAGUCAUGAUUGAAACACAGACAGAACUUGAAAUGGUAAAAAGAAACUUGGUGAAAGCAGAAACAAUAAGGAUUUGA